AUGAAUCAAAGCAAAGUGGAUCCCAAGCCCUUUGAGUACACGUAUUACGACUAUUCGGAUUGGUACUCAAACAACCAGGAGCCAACCAAGCCACCAAUCAAAGUAAUACAGCCAUGUGACCACACAGCCGACGACAGAAUCUUCCAUGUCAGUGUCCUGUCAAUAUCUCUCGUUAUGAUGUUGGUCCUGGCCGUUCUGAACAGGAAACACAAGCUGUGUGGGGGGUUCGCUCGCGGUUCUUCGGGCAUCUUCAGUGCGGUGAACUUCCUGGACCAGACCCAGAGCAAAGGUCCCGCCAUGGCCGUCUUUGGGCUGGUGUUCAGCAGACUGGCGGUGUUGGUUCUCUCCCCGAACCCCCUCCCGUUCCUCAAAGAAACUCCGGCAGAAAUGAAAGAGUACAUGAAGAUCCUGGCGGUGUUCUACUACCCGCUCCUGUACUACCCCCUGCUGGUGUGCUGCACCCUGCAGCACAGAGCCGGCUACGCCUUCGGGAGCCUGCUGGCCCUCAGCCACUUUGGGGUUCUGUUCUGGCAGAAGGUGGACUGCCCCGAGACCACAGAGAUCUACGCGUAUUACGCUCUACUGGCCAGUCUGCCCCAGCUCGCCUGCCUGGCCUAUCUCUGUGUCCAGUUCCCCCUGCUGUUCUUUAAAGGCCCCGAAACAGAUGAGGACCUUGACAGUAAAUACUACCAAGACUACGUCAAGGCUCUUCUGAAGAAAAAGCCCUCAAUCUCCAGCUCUAUAAACAUAGACAAACCAAAGCUGUCGGAACGAUUACUGGAAGCAGUCAAGGGUUACAUCUAUACACCAGACAAAGUGUUCCGUUUCCCACUCAAGAUGUCCAUUUCAGCCUUUGUUGCUUUAGUGGCAAUGUAUCAUGGCUACCCUACGGAGGCUCAUGGGGGGCCCUGGCAGACCGAUGGAGAUGAUGGGGGUCUGAGAGGGCUGGACUGA